AUGAAUGCUAUUUUCAUUGUACUCAUUCCUAAAGUCGAGGGUGCGGAAGAACUAAAAGAUUUUAGACCUAUUAGCUUGAUCAAUAGCUCAUUUAAGAUUCUCGCCAAAGUGCUCGCUUUGAGAUUGAGAGAGGUUCUCAGCUCGGUGAUCUCGCCAACUCAUGGAGCUUUUGCUAAAGAGCGUCAAAUUCUCGAUGGAGCAUUCGUUGCCCAAGAGGCUAUCCACUCUCGGCAUCGUGCCAAGCUACCUGGUUUAAUCAUUAAACUUGAUUGGGAGAAAGCCUAUGACCAUGUUGAUUGGUCCAUCCUUGACGAGAAUCUCCCUCGCGUGGCCUUCGGUAGUCAAUGGAGAGCUUGGAUCAAAGGUUGCAUUUCAGGCCCAAACUUCUCCAUUCUUAUCAACGGCUCUCCCAAAGACUUCUUCCCAUCCUCUAGGAGACUCCGCCAAGGACAUCCGGAUCUCUUUCCCCCUUUUUGUUUGCAAUUGUGGCUGAAAUCUUCAGUAGGUCUAUCUCUCGUGUUUACCAGGACGGCUUGCUCACAGGAUUCAAAAUCAGCCAUUCAAGACCGCUGA